CAUCGGCGCCACUCGUCGGAACGUCUGUUCUCGCGCUAAGGGGCCUUUUUUCGCCGCGUUUUUCGUUGCUCUCCGAAGUUGCACAGUAGCGCUCGCGCCUCUCCCUUGAAAGCAGUCCGUCCGUUAUCCGUGUGAGUUUCGCGCGUGCGAAAGAGAAAGAGAGGGAGAUAAAGAGAGAGAGAGAGAGAGAGAGAAGGACAGUGAGAACCGCGUGUGCGUAAUUCAUAAUAGACAAGUUCUCCAGCAAUGGCGAUGACAAAGCUGAGUCUGGCGCCGAAAACCAUCAAGUACUUGAUGUUCGCUUUCAACCUGUUCUUCGUGAUUACAGGAAUAGUGUUGCUAUCGAUCGGCGUGGUCAUCCAUGGAGUGUACCAUCAGUACCAACAUUUCCUUGACAACAGCUUCUUCUCGGUACCGUCUCUUCUCGUAGCCGUGGGCGCUAUCAUUUUUAUCAUCGCUUUCUUUGGAUGCUGCGGAGCCGCUCGCGAAAGUUAUUGCAUGAUUAUAACGUUCUGCACACUUCUAGCUGCGAUUUUCCUUCUGGAGAUUAUAGGCGGCACAAUGGGAUACGUGAUGAGGGCGCAAGUGAAGGAAGUUGCAAAGGCCAAGAUGCUCGAUACGAUGCCAAAAUACAACGGCAGCGAAGAGAUCAGAAUCGUCUGGGACAAUCUACAACGAGACUUUGAAUGUUGCGGGACGAACAAUGCUACUGACUGGUUAAAACCGGGAAAUCUGCCGGCUAUUCCGAUGUCGUGCUGCGACAAUGUAGUAGGUGCUAUUGGUGAAUCCAACUGCACCUUGUCGUCGCAGAGUCUGCAUCGUCAUGGCUGCAUGGAUGCGUUCGGGGAUUUCGCGGAAAAACACGCGUCCAAGAUAGCGGGUGUUGGGAUAGGUCUUGGUAUAAUUCAGUUGACGGGAGUGAUGAUAAUAUCGGUCGGUACGACGAUCUACGCAGUUUAUGAAAAUUUCUCGCAUUUUCUCGAUCCAAGCUACUUUUCGCCAGCCACUCUUUUGAUCGUAGUCGGAAUACUUGUCUUCAUAAUUGCCUUUAUGGGAUGUUGCGGUGCGCUUAGGGAAAGUACCUGCAUGGUUCUUGUGUUUGCAGUCUUGCUAUCGUUUGUCUUGCUAUUGGAACUUGCUGCCGCUGUUGCCGCGUAUGCCUUACAAGACGGUAUCAAGGAUCUUUUAGCAGAGAAGAUUAAUGUAACGAUGCAUCAGUAUGAAAAGAACGAGGAAGCCAGAUUUGCAAUCGAUUUUAUGCAGUCUAGGUUACGCUGUUGUGGAUAUAAUAACUACCAAGAUUGGAACAAUGUACCGUUCAAUAAUACGCAUAUGGAUGUACCUGACUCUUGUUGCGCAUAUCUAGUGGAUGAGCUUUCAGACCGUUGUUAUGGAAAAUAUCAGGAGGGCUGUAUUAGUCGCCUUGCUCUUAUUGUUCACCGUAGCGCGCUAUACAUCGGCACGGGGGCGGUAGCAAUCGCCCUUAUUCAACUAACGGGAAUUAUGUUUGCGUGUAUGCUUGGACGAGCUAUCAGGCGUCAGAAGACAGAAAGGGAGAGGCGUCGUUGGGAGUUACGAGAGAAUCUAGUGAACGGUUACGAGCCAUUGGGAAAAUCGGAUCCCGUAACUACGUUUCCCGUAGUGUACAUGUCGCCAGACUAUCCAUUGAAAGACGAUCAGAAAUGAUUCAGGUGAUCAAAAUUAACAUUUUGAUAUAAAAAUCGAAUAAUUAUAUAAAAACUUAAUGUUUUUUUUAUUUUGUCGAGCUCACAAAAAAUUUAUUAAAUUUCGAAUAAUGAGAAAAAAAGAUUCUAUUUUUUAAAACGCGUUUUAAUGAAAAUGAAUAUUUAUUCUUAAUUCUUAAUUUUAUAAUAAAGUCCAAUGAAUUAACAUGGGAUAGCAAGAGAAAACAGUACUUAUUACCAAAUAAUUGCUUGACUUACAAUACAUAGUUUAAUAUAUUUUUCUUAAUAGGCAUAUAUAUGUACGGACAGUCUGAUUGCUUUAAAUAAUUUGUAUAUCAAUGAUAAAAUAUUGUGAUGUUUGAAUUCAAAUUUUAUGUAGAUAAUGUAAUACCUCAUUGUGUGUGUGUGUGAGAAUAUUUAUAAAGAAAAGGCAUUAUUUUAAAAUACUAUAUAGACUGUUGCAGAGAGAUGUUAUUUGCUGUACAUUCUUAAUGCACUGUAUAUUAAGAAUAAAAUAUCUUUACUCUAUUAAAA